AUGAACCUGAAGAAGAUUUCUUACAGAGCUAAUUCUAUAGUUUUCCACAUCCGAUUUCAUCCACUCUUUCAACCCUUAACAUCCGGAGAAAAGGAAAGAAGUGUGGGUACAGAGGUUCAGACGAUAAAAAAGUUUGACGCGGGAUCGAACAAGAAACCACCGGCAACGGCUGUCAACGCCAGGAAACUCGACGAGGAGACGGAACUGGCGGCGUUGAACCGAGUAGCGGCAGAUGUGAGACAAGUCAUACAAAAGGCACGGUUGGCUAAGAAGAUGAGUCAGGCCGAUCUAGCUAAGCAGAUCAACAAGAAGCUACAACUAGUUCAGGAGUACAAGAACGAGAAAGCUGUUCCUAACCAGGCUGUGUUAGCGAAGAUGGAGAGGGUCUUGAAAGUCAAGCUGAGAGGAAACUCAAGGUUGGGAAAGUGUAAGUGAAUGUGAUGGAUUCCGAGUUAUAGGUGAAGUUGUCAUGUGUCUAGUUCGUUUUCGUUCU